UCUCUCUUCCCCUCCCACUCCCUUUCACUCUAAAAAUCAAUGGAAAAAUAUUCUUGGGUGAGGAUUAACAAUUUUAAAAAAAUGAGAGUGCUUGCGACAUCAAACCUGUGGGUUACGAGAAGGGAAGGAAGAAAUGGGCUGGGGCAAAGGUGCCACCAACCACAUCAAGCUGUCCUUCCUCCUGUGGUUUUAAACUGAGAACGGAUCCUUGAAUCUAGCAGCAGGCUCAGUAUGAUCCCUGAAUUCCUUUCUCUCCUCUUAUUUGGACUGUGUGUUGGCCAAAGAGACAUAAGAAGAGAUGAGUCAUUUCCCAGACCCUCCAUCCAUGCCUGGCCCAGCUCAAUGGUUCCUGCCAAUAGUAAUGUGACAGUGCGAUGCUCCACUACUUCCCGGGAGGUCAACUUCAGGGACGUCAAGUUUGCUCUCAAAGGGGGAAGAAAUGUCAUGGAGUCUUCGCCAUCUUCUGAUUCCCCAGGGGGCCUGGUGGAAUUUCACCUCAGUGGUGUAAAAACCAGUGACGCUGGAGAGUACACCUGUGAAUACUACAGAAAAGGGAGCCCCACCAGAAGGUCACCGCCCAGUGACGUCCUUCUACUACUGGUGACAGGAAAUUUCCCUAAACCUUCCCUUAAAGCCCACCAAAGGGGUGAGAUGACUGCAGGAGAAAACAUGAUUCUGCAGUGCCAGAAGCCCAGGCAUGUGAUACAACCUCACAUGUUUGCUCUACUGAAGAAAGGAACUUCAACACCCAUAAAGCUCCAGAGUGCAGUAGGAAUGGAGACAGACUUCUCCCUGCCAAGUGUGACAGGCAGUGACACUGGGGCCUACAGCUGUGUGUACUACCAACCAAGGGCUCCUUUCUGGGCCUCAGAGCCCAGUGAUCACCUCAUGAUCUUGGUGACAGAUUCCCCAGGUGCCACAUCAACAGAUUACACCACGGGUAACCUCAUCCGACUCUGUUUGUCUGCCGUGAUUAUGGUUCUAAUGGUGGCUUUCCUGUUGGAAGCCUGCUGGAGCCAGAAAUGGUCUCGAUGUGGAUCCAGCAGUGAAGAUCCAAUUAUUGUGGAAGAAUUAAAGCAGGUCCCACAACUGCCUGGGGAAACAAUGGGUACUUGAUCCAGCUAGAUCUGCUGAGUCUUAACAGCUCUGUGAAACCUACAUUCUCAGCCAGCCCAGGACAAGAUAAUGACUUUCUUCUUCCUGUGCUCUUCACCUGGGCCAGAUGGCAGGACUGACCACAAAGAUUCACCUAACACAGUUUGGAUGACUUUGAAAAAAUACAAGUUCAGCAUUAGACUGAG